AUGAAUGUUCGGCGCCAUAUUGGAUGAAAUGUCAUUUUAACAUUUCGAUCGGUGUAUGUCAUUGAACGAUUCUCUCUUUUUACACUGAAAGUGGUACCGAUAACAUGGCACCGACUAAAUCUGGAAAGACAGAAAAGCCAAAGGCUACUGAAAAGCCAAAAGCUGAAAAACCAGCAACUGCUAAAGGAAAGGUUGAAAAAGCCGCCAAACCAGCUGAAUCAAAACCAAAACCAGCUGCCGCCGCUAAUGUAGCCAAGGAAGCAACCAAGGGCAAAGCUGCACCAGCCAAGGCUGCACCAACAAAAGCUGCACCAACAAAAGCUGCACCAGCAAAAGCUGCACCAGCCAAAGCUGCACCAGCCAAAGCUGCUCCGGCAAAGAAAGAGGAGCCAAAGAAAGCUCCAGCUGCCAAGAAAGAAGAGCCAAAGAAGGCCGCUCCAGCUAAGGUUGCACCAGCAAAGAAAGAAGAGCCAAAGAAGGCUGCCCCAGCUCCAGUUGCUGCUGAACCAGCAAAAGAACAAAGCAAGGAUGCUAAAACCGUCAAGGCUGUCGCUGCCAAGCCACAACCGAAAAAACGUGGUGUCAACGCUAAAGCUGCCGCUGCCAGUGGUAAAGGACGCGUUAGCAAGAAACAAUUGCGUGGCAAGGGCUUGAAAAAGAAGAAGAUUCAACUUCGUUUUGCCAUCGAUUGCACCAACAUCGCUGAAGAUAGCAUCAUGGAUGUUGCUGACUUUGAAAAAUACUUGGUCGAACACAUCAAAGUGAACGGUAAAGUCAACAACUUGGGCAACAACGUCACGCUGGAACGUCAAAAGAUGAAGGUCAUCGUCAACUCAGACGUCCACUUCUCGAAAGCAUACUUGAAAUAUUUGACCAAACGGUAUCUCAAAAAGAACAGCCUUCGUGACUGGAUCCGUGUUGUAGCUAACGAAAAAGAUAGCUACGAAUUACGUUACUUCAGAAUCAGCAGCAAUGAUGAUGAUGAAGAAGAUAACGAAUAGAUUUUUAUGAAAUGUGCUGCGCAAUUUUGAAAUUGAUCACCUUUUUUGGUUUUUAAUUGGGAAACUGUGCGGAUGAUUUAUUGCAUAAAAUCCGAGAAAAUAAAAAAAAAAAACAUUUCCAGAAAAUUUGGUUCAUUCGA